UGCGGGCGUCUCCGCCAUCUUGUGAGUCUAUAACUCGGAGCCGUUGGGUCGGUUCCUGCUAUUCCGGCGCCUCCACUCCGUCCCCUGCGGGUCUGCUCUGUGUGCCAUGGACGGCAUCGUCCCAGACAUAGCAGUUGGCACGAAGCGGGGAUCUGACGAGCUUUUCUCUACGUGUGUCACUAACGGACCCUUUAUCAUGAGCAGCAACUCGGCCUCUGCAGCAAAUGGAAAUGACAGUAAGAAGUUCAAAGGUGACAGCAGGAGUGCGGGCGUCCCCUCCCGAGUGAUCCAUAUCCGCAAGCUGCCCAGCGAUGUCACAGAGGGCGAGGUCAUCUCCUUGGGGUUGCCCUUUGGGAAAGUCACCAACCUCCUGAUGCUGAAGGGCAAAAACCAGGCCUUCAUCGAGAUGAACACAGAGGAGGCGGCCAACACCAUGGUCAACUACUACACCUCGGUGACACCCGUGCUGCGCGGCCAGCCCAUCUACAUCCAGUUCUCCAACCACAAGGAGCUUAAGACUGACAGCUCCCCCAACCAAGCGCGGGCCCAGGCGGCCCUGCAGGCCGUGAACUCAGUCCAGUCGGGGAACCUGGCCUUGGCUGCCUCAGCCGCUGCCGUGGAUGCUGGGAUGGCCAUGGCUGGGCAGAGCCCCGUGCUCAGGAUCAUCGUGGAGAACCUCUUCUACCCUGUGACCCUGGACGUGCUGCACCAGAUCUUCUCCAAGUUUGGCACAGUCCUGAAGAUCAUCACGUUCACCAAGAACAACCAGUUCCAGGCAUUGCUGCAGUACGCGGACCCUGUGAGCGCCCAGCACGCCAAGCUGUCGCUGGACGGGCAGAACAUCUACAAUGCCUGCUGCACGCUGCGCAUCGACUUCUCCAAGCUCACCAGCCUCAACGUCAAAUACAACAACGACAAGAGCCGCGACUACACGCGCCCAGACCUGCCCUCUGGGGAUAGCCAGCCCUCGCUGGACCAGACCAUGGCCGCGGCCUUCGGUCUGUCUGUCCCUAACGUGCACGGAGCCCUGGCCCCAUUGGCCAUUCCAUCGGCUGCGGCUGCCGCGGCCGCUGCAGGCCGCAUCACCAUCCCAGGCCUGGCGGGGGCUGGGAACUCCGUCCUGCUGGUCAGCAACCUCAACCCCGAGAGAGUCACACCCCAAAGCCUCUUUAUUCUUUUCGGCGUCUAUGGGGACGUGCAGCGGGUGAAGAUCUUGUUCAACAAGAAGGAGAAUGCACUGGUGCAGAUGGCAGAUGGCAGCCAGGCCCAGCUGGCCAUGAGCCACCUGAACGGGCACAAGCUGCACGGGAAGCCCAUCCGCAUCACGCUGUCCAAGCACCAGAACGUGCAGCUGCCGCGGGAGGGCCAGGAGGACCAGGGCCUCACCAAGGACUACGGCAACUCCCCCCUGCACCGCUUCAAGAAGCCCGGCUCCAAGAACUUCCAGAACAUCUUCCCGCCCUCCGCCACCCUGCACCUCUCCAACAUCCCGCCUUCCAUCACGGAGGAAGACCUCAAGGUCCUGUUCUCCAGCAACGGGGGCGUGGUCAAGGGGUUCAAGUUCUUCCAGAAGGACCGCAAGAUGGCGCUGAUCCAGAUGGGCUCCGUGGAGGAGGCGGUGCAGGCGCUCAUCGACCUGCACAACCAUGACCUGGGCGAGAACCACCACCUGCGAGUCUCCUUCUCCAAGUCCACCAUCUAGGGCCCAGCCCCUGGCCGGGCUCCGGAGCCGCUUCCGUCAUUCCAGAGAAAAGCCACUUUAAGAAGCAGCUGAAGUGACCUUAACAGACCAGAGAUUUUAUUUUUUUAAAGAGAAAUCAGUUUACCUGUUUUUAAAAAAAUUAAAUCUAGCUCACCUUGCUGACCUUGCGGUGACUGACGGCUCGGGCGCUCGGGGACUGCGGCAGGGGUCCCCCACCUGCCCGGGGCCAGGCCAGGCCAGACCCCGCGCCCUGCCUUGCAGGGUGUGCUGGGCCUGUGGCCCACGGGGGGCGCCCCCACCACGACGUGGCUUCCUCGUGCCUUAAACCUGCCUGCCUUGCAGCCGCACGCCCACCCAAGGGGACCCAGGGACCCGGGGCCGGGGAUCUGCUCCAGGCACACGCAAAGCGGCCUCCUGUUCCCACGGAUCAUGUGCCCAGUGCUGGGAGGGAGUGGAGACUGAGGUGCCAGCGGGGCUGGCUGGCCCCCCCCCCCCCCCCAUGUAAUCAAGUGACAUGAUUAUCCCUGUGUCCUCCAGCCACCCAGGUCCCCGUCGCCCGGCCAGGCCCAGAGGGCACCAACCCAGCCUCCUUGAGCUUUUAGCCUUUUGUUAUAAUCUUUGUAUCAUAUUCUGAUGUGGUUGCAGACAUCUGUGCCUAGCAAUAUUUCCAGUUGACCAAAUAUCCUAAUCUUUUUUCAUUUAUAUGCAAAAGAAAUAGUUUUAAGUACCUUUUUAUAGCAAGAGGAUCCAUGGUAUGAGUGUGAGCUUUCUCUUGGUAUUACUUUGUAUGCUGUACUUUCUAUUUUAUUCUUUGUAAUCAAUUCAGUCACAGGCAGGACCCAGCCUCCGGCAGGGCCCAGCCGUGCACCGCCCGCCUCAGUGG